AUGUCCUUCAAUCUGGCCCGCUGCUGGGCUCCUGCUCGACUUCGCUUCGCCGGUCCUGCGAUCAAUGCUCCUCGUGUUCUCGCUUCGUCCGCGACCCGCCUCUACUCAGGCACCAAGAGUGCUUUCAAUCCACAAGACAUCAACAAGAUCUCUCAAAAGCCCGAGCACAUCCAAAACAAGCUUCCCUCCAAGAAAGACCUGCGCAAUGCCAAGCGAUUCAGCGAAUUCGACAUGGAGGGCCGUGUUUACGCCAUCACUGGUGGUGGCCGUGGUCUCGGACUCUCCAUGGCCGAGGCCCUGAUUGAAGCUGGUGCGAAAGUCUACUGCCUGGACCGGCUCGACACCCCCUGUCCCGAGUUUAUGGUCGCCAAAGAAAAAGCCGAAACCCAGUACGGCGGCACUCUCGAAUAUAUUCGCAUCGACGUCCGCAAUAAUACCGAGGUUAACAACACCAUGGCUGCUAUUGCCGCAGAACACCAACGCCUAGACGGUCUCGUCGCCGCUGCUGGCAUCAACCAUCUCCAGAGCGCCCUUGAGCAUUCCGAGCAAGCCCUGGACGAUGUCAUGUCCAUCAACUACAAUGGUGUUUUCAACUCCGCCACCGCUGCCGCGCGUCAAAUGUUCAAUUACCAACAAAAAGGUUCCAUCCUCCUCGUCGCCUCCAUGUCGGGCCUCAUCGCCAACAAAGGCAUGACGUCCCCGGUCUACAAUAGCUCCAAAGCGGCGGUCAUCCAACUCGCUCGCUCCCUCGCCAUGGAAUGGGGUCGCCACGGUAUCCGUGUAAAUUCUCUUUGCCCAGGCCACAUCAUCACCCCAAUGGUCGACGAGGUCUUCAAGCAAAACCCAGCAGCCCGUGCUACCUGGGAGGCGGAGAAUAUGCUGGGCCGCCUCAGCUAUGCCAGAAGAGUUCCGGGGUUCGGCUCUCUUCUGCCUGUCCGAUGCUAG